AUGGGCAAAGGUAACCACACUUAUCUGACUGAGUUCAUUUUGCUGGGCCUUUCUUCAGAUCGUCAGACUCAGAUCUUGCUGUUUGUGGUAUUUUUCAUCAUCUACGUGCUUACUGUGUUUGGGAACCUACUGAUCAUACUCCUCAUUCAUGUUGACUCUCGACUUCAUACACCAAUGUAUUUCUUCCUCAAAAACCUGUCAUUGAAUGAUCUCUGUUUCUCUACAACUAUUGUUCCCAAGAUGCUAGUCCACUUUCUAGUCACCAGAAAGACCAUUUCAUUUGCUGGGUGCUCUAUGCAGAUGUUUUUUUUCCUCAUCAUGGGCUGUACAGAAAGUUCUCUUCUAGCAGUCAUGUCCUAUGACCGCUACAUAGCUGUCUGCAAGCCCCUGCACUACUCCACCAUCAUGACACACAGAGUUUGUGUUCUGCUAGUUGUAGGAUCCUGGGCUAGUGGAAUAUUUGUGUCUGUAGUAGAUACCACAUUUACUAUAUGCUUGCCAUACCAAGGACCAAACCUAAUCAAUCAUUAUUUCUGUGAGCCUCCUGCACUCUUGAAGCUGGCAUCAGAAGAAACUUACACAGCUGAGAUGGUCAUCUUUGCAAUGGGUGUAAUAAUUCUCCUAGGUCCGGUCUCUCUCAUUCUUUUCUCCUACUGUAAUAUUAUCUCCACUGUGGUUCAAUUACAAUCAGGUGAGGGGAGAAUCAAGGUCUUCUCUACCUGCAGUUCCCAUUUCAUUGUUGUUAUCUUUUUCUAUGGCUCAACAAUAUUUACCUACAUGCAGCCAAACUCAAAGAAAAUGAAUGAAGGGGAUAAGAUAAUCUCAGUGUUCUACUCAGUGGUAACAUCCAUGAUGAACCCGUUCAUUUACAGCCUAAGGAACAAGGAUGUGAAAGAGGCAUUAAGGAAAUACUUAAAAGAGAGAUAA